CUGAGGCCGAGCCAAGACCCGGGGCCGGAGUUCAUCACCAAGUUUAAGGUUCAGUAUGCAGACUGCUACCCCCUGCACAACGUCUCGGUGACCCUCCACACCCCGGCAAUGGGCUACGGCAACGCCUACUUCAUGUCCGUCUCCAGGAUCAUCUCCGACAACGUGACCUGCGUGUUAUCCAACACCACCCGGCCGGGGACCGCGCUGCUGCCCAUACACCCCGAGGACCUGCUUCGUACCCCCAUUGUGAACUGCAGUAACAGCCUCUGUGAGGUCAUCACCUGCCAGAUCCCUCCCCUCCCCCGCAACGCCGAGGUGUCCCUGUCCAUCCUACGCAUCAUCCACAACCGCUUCUUCACCAACGCGAAGUUUCGCUCGGUGAAGGUGAUCAGCGAGUUCAUCCUGAAUACCAAGGAGGACGGGGCUCUGUUCACUGACAACGCCCGGCACAGGACGCAGAGUGUGCUGGAGUUGCUGCACCCCGUCCUCCUGCCGCUGUCGCUG